AUGAACGACACCGUAUUGGUUGAGAUCAAGAUUGGCGUUUCCAUCAUUUGGGAGGAUUUCAGCAAGUGUCCAUACCUUCGAUGUACAAAGGAAGUCUCAUUGCACUGUCACCGCCUUGAUGUGGUGCUGGUCUGGAGCCAGUUCUUGAUGUGUGGCAUCCGGUUAUGGGCCAAGAAGGAUGGGUCACGCAUCAAGGAGGAGACAGUUGUGCGCGUACCUACGCCGACACGCCGUCAUCGCAUCGCAACACUCAUACCUUUGAUCAUCGACGGUACGGACCCUUAUAGAAAUCCUGGCAAAUCCCAAAUGAUGGAAAAGCCAAUCCUGGUCUCAACCAAUACGGUGUAG